ACACACAGUCUCGCUCUGGAAACGCUAAUGGAGCACCAUGGUGAUUCUGGGGGAGGCGCCCAACCCAACAUCACAUGAGCGUUUGCAGGUGAGCAGCAUGCUGCUGUGGGACACUGCUGCACUACAGCUGUACAGAGUGAACCAUGAGCGUCUCCGCAGUCACCUUCGCCAAGGACUUCACGGCGGUUUGUAUCGCGGCUGCUGUUUCAGAAACCGCCGUAGCUCCACUCGAGAGAGUCAAACUGCUCCUUCAGGUACAACAUGCCAGCAAGCACAUCGUUACAGAGAAGCGCUACAAGGGCUUCAUGGACUGCAUUAUUCGCAUCCCCAGAGAGCAAGGCGUCCUCUCGUACUGGCGAGGCAACCUGGCCAACGUGAUCCGAUACAUUCCCACACAGGCUCUGAACUUCACUUUUAAGGAUAGGUACAAAAAGUUAUUCCUGGAUGGAGUGGACCAGAGCACGCAGUUUUGGCGGUACUUUGCUGGUAACCUGGCAUCAGGGGGUGCUGCUGGGGCCACAUCUCUUUGUGUUGUCUACCCACUAGACUUUGCUCGCACUCGUCUGGCAGCAGACAUCGGAAAGGCGAAAGCGGAGAGGGAAUUCACCGGUCUGAGGGACUGUUUUGGGAAAAUACUCAAAGCUGAUGGACUAGGAGGCCUUUACAGUGGUUUUAGUGUGUCUGUGCAGGGCAUCAUUAUCUACAGGGCCGCUUACUUUGGCAUCUACGACACUGUCAAGAGUACGUUUCCAGAUCCUGAGAAUAUCCACUUUGCCAUGACCUGGAUGAUCGCACAGAGCGUAACUACACUUGCCGGAUUCAUCUCUUACCCAUUUGAUACAGUGCGUCGUCGCAUGAUGAUGCAGUCAGGACUUAACGGGGCUGACGUCAUUUACACGGGUACAGUGCACUGCUGGAAGAAGAUUGCUCGAGAUGAAGGGGUCCACGCUUUCUAUAAGGGAACUUGGUCAAAUAUUCUCAGAAGCAUGGGAGGUGCCUUGGUGUUAGUGUUUUAUGAUGAGAUAAGGAAAAUCAUAUGAACAUCCACCUGCUGACAUCAGCAGGAAGGAAAAAGUGCUGUGAAGUAAAAGCCAAAGUCAACUUAAUCAUAAACCACUUUGAAAUGAAGUAGCGAGCUUUUCUGUGCUACCUCAUGUACAGAAAGGGGCUUCAUUGUGUGUGUGUGUGUGUGUGUGUGUGUGUGUGUGUGUGUGUGUGUUUUAGUAUAGCAAAACUCUAAGAAUGCUGUCUUAUUGCGAUCAUAAAUGUCUGUACUCCAAUUUAAUUUGACAGUUUUUCAAGUAAAACCCACAGUGGUCACUGAAAUAAUUUAAAACUGAUAAAAGUUAUAAAACUGUGACUAAAAAUUAAAAUCAGACAUUGCUUUUGAAUUGUGGUUCAACAGAAGCAUUUCAAAAAACAAACUAAUAAAACUGGCCUGGACAAAAUUGGUGGUACUCGUAAUUUAAUAUUUUCUCUGCAAUCAAGCAAUAAUCUCUGCUAUCAAGCAAUUUCUGUAACUCCCAAUGAGGAUGAGGCACCUGUCCACAGGUAUUUUGGCCCAAUCCUCGUGAGCAAACUGUUACAGCUGUCUCAGGUCCGAAGGGUGCCUUCAUGUUUCAGCUCCUUCCACAGAUGUUUAAUAGGAUUUAGAUCGAAGCUCAUAGAUGGCGGCUUUAGAAUAGUCCAAUGUUUUGUUUGUAGCCAUUCUUGGGUGUUUUAACUCUUUGUCAUUGGGUCAUUAUACUGUUGGAGGACCCAUGACUGAGUCCUGAGACUGAGACCAAGCUUUUUGACACCGGGCAACACAUUUUACUCCAAAAUGCCUUGCUGUUUUGAGAUUUUAUUGUACCCCACACAGAUUCAAGACUUUGUGCCAGAUCCAGCAAAGCAGCCCCAGCAUGUAACUGAGCCUCCUCCAUGUUUCUAAGUAGGUAAAGUGUUAUUUUCUUUGUAUGCAUCAUUUUUGCAUCUGUGAGCACAGAGGUGAUGUGACUUGCUGAAAAGCUCCAGUUUUGUCUCAUCUGUCCAAAGGAUGUUCUCCCAGAAGCUUUGUCGCUUGUCAAUUUGUAUUUUUGCAAAUUCCAAUCUCGCUUUUUUAAAGAUUUGCUUUGACUCCUCCAAUAAGUCCACUUUGGAUCAAACAGCAAUGAAGGGUGCAAUCUGACCCUGAUGUACCUUGAUCUCGGAGUUCACCUCUAAUCUCUUUGGAAGUUGUUCUGGGCUCUUACCACUCAUAUUCUCCAUCUCUUCAAUUUGUCAUCAAUUUUCCUCUUUGCAGCCACUCGGCUACAGCCCUGUGGACCUUAAACUUCAGAAGAUUAUUAUUCGAAACAUCAAUCUGCUUGUAGAUAUUCUUGAAGUCUUUACCUUUAAGAUGCUUGUCUAGAGUUUUUUUUUUAAUCUCCAGAGACAACUCUCUCCUUAGCUUUCUGUGGUCCAUGUUCAGUGUGGUGCACAUCAUGAUACCAGACAGCACAGUGACUACUUUUCACCCUUUAAAUACAGUAGGCAGACUGACUGAUUACAAGUUUGCAGGCACCUUUGACGCUAAUUACAGGGCACACUUUAUUUUCACAAUUAUUUUUAAUCUUUUCUAAGGGUACCAUCAUUUUUGUCCAGGCCAGUUUCAUUAGUUCAUUUUUUUAAAUGCUUCUGUUGAACCACAAUUUAAAAACAAAGUCUGGUUUUCAUUACUUACUGUGAUUUUGAGUAAAUGUUUAUUAAUUAAUCCUUUUGUCAGUUUUAAGUUAUUUUAGUGACCACUGUGGGUUUUUCUUUCUUUAAUGAACAAUUUUGUCCACGUCUGAACCUUAAAUGUAGCUGAUGAGGAAAGGAAAAUUAGUUUUAGGCAAAGUCCAUGAUUCUAGGCUCAAAUGCUUUUUGCAUCUUUUUUGUUAAUCUAGUAAAUUAAUAUCUCGUAUACCAUAUAUGGCUUCAAAUAACAAUUCUAAAUGACUUCCUUUGAAAUGUAGUAUUAAAAUGUGACAAGAAAAAUGCUACCAGUUACCCCAAACAUGAAUAUCACAGAAUAUUGAACUAGUAAACAAAUAUUCUUCCAUUAUUUGUUAGCUAAACUAUCCUCAUAGCAUCCAGCUGUAACUAAAACGGACGCAAACACACAGGAACGGCUGGAUAGUUUGCUAAUUAAUUCCAAUUUACACUAUAAUUGACUCAUAGAAUUUAUUUCAAUGUCGUUAAAAUUAGCUAUGAUUGCUGUAGAUAAUUAAUACUGUAUGCCUUAUAACUAAAAUCCUUUUUAUUACUGUAUACAGUGGUACUAGCUAAGCUCGGUUUGCUAGGUCUCAUGCACAAAGGAAAAAAGAUGUUUGUUAAAAAGAUUGGAUAGUCUACUGUUUUUAAAUGGCUUUUCAUGAAAUGUACUGUGAAAUGUAAGCUCAGGUUAUGUAGCUAGUCUAUGUAAUUGUGAUGUAUUUUAACCAGCUAGCAUAGCAUGAGUAAUAAUUUAAACCUGGAUUCCACUCUCAAUCCAGUACUAAACUAGCUGAUUGAGAGCCAGAUGACAGAACAAAAUGAAUACUUCUACAAGUUCAGUUCAAUUCAUUUUUAUUUGUAUAGUGCUUUUAACAAUGGACAUUGUCUCAAAGCAGCUUUCCACAGACAAUGCGGUAAUAUAAGGAACAAUCGUGUUCAUUUUUUCAUUGUAAAUAUGUGUUUACAAUUAUUACUUCCUUCCAAAAAACCUUGAGAGGAAACAGACUUAAAAGGGAACCUAUCCUCGUCUGGGUGGCACCGAAUGUCUAUUUAUUACAGCUAAAUGAUGUUUAGGGGUGCAGUAAUGGUGAUCAAAUGAAAUCUGUAGUCCUGAUUCAUUUGAACAAGUGUUCCCUUUUUAAUUUGGAUAGUAAAUACAGCUUUGAUGACAGUUUCCAGUUUGUGUGCAUGUUCGGUUUUUGAGUAAGUGAUAAGAAAUUAAAUUAUUGAUGAACAAA